CCUGUGCGUCCUUUGCUACAAUUUGCUACUUUCCAUUGUCCUACACGAGUCGUCGCUAAAGGGAUUAUAUCAUUCACUCAGAACUGAAUUUACACCCUCCUCAAAAUGGAGUUUGCCAUGAUAGGUGCAGAUAAUGGGUGCAAAACUCGACUGCCUUACGGGUAUGCUCGCGCACGGGAAAGGGAGCACGAACGGGAGAGACAGGUACAGCAGGCAACAGCCGCUGCGGAAGGUGCAGCAAGUGGAGAGGGAGGGGAGUCCUCUGGACAUCUCCUUAACAACCACCAGCAGCAUCAGUCUCGCACCGCCUCCUCAUCAAAUGCCAACAACAGUAGCGGCAGUACCGCCUCGCGCCCCUCCUCCUCGCAACAGCCACAGCAGCACUACCAUGAGUCCGAGCAGCAGGUUCUCAGAGAAAGGAAAAAGCAACGCGGCGUAGGACGUUGGAGAAGGAGUCGCCAGACUCUCGGUGGGGAUUUGCGCCACUCGGAGUUGGCGCUACUUGGAUCAGAGGAGGAUAUGAUAGAGGAGGACGAGGCGGAAGGCGGGGAAGAGGAGGACAGGGGAAGCAAGAGUUCCAGUUUUCUCUGUAAUAUGGAUGAUGAAGAGACUGUCUCACUCACAGACAGACGUCCCCAAUCAGGAUACGCAAAUGUUUACAGUGAAUAUGGGUGCAGCGAAAGAGUUGUUAUUAAUGUGUCCGGACUAAAGUUUGAAACUCAACUUAAGACUCUCACACAGUUUCCUGACACUCUUUUGGGAGACCCGGACAAACGAAUCAGGUACUUCGACCCUCUAAGGAAUGAAUAUUUUUUUGACAGGAACCGACCAAGCUUCGACGCUAUUCUUUAUUAUUACCAGUCAGGGGGGCGAUUGAAGAGACCCCAAAAUGUACCUUUUGACAUAUUCUCUGAGGAGGUGAAAUUCUAUGAACUCGGAGAGGAGGCAAUACUGAAGUUUCGGGAGGAUGAGGGUUUUGUCAAAGAGGAAGAGAAACCCUUACCAGAGGACGAGUUCAAACGCCAAGUUUGGCUUCUUUUUGAAUACCCAGAGAGCUCACAACCUGCGAGAGGGAUUGCAGUCGUGUCCGUUUUAGUCAUCGUUAUAUCAAUAGUCAUUUUCUGUAUGGAAACGUUGCCAGAGUUCAGGGACGAAAAAGAAUACCUUAAACCACGAGACAAUUCGACAGAACCUCAUGGACAGACUCCUUUUAACGACCCUUUUUUCAUUGUGGAGACGGUAUGCAUUAUUUGGUUUUCAUUUGAGAUUAUAGUGCGCUUCUUUGCAAGUCCAAGUAAAACGGAUUUCUUUAAAAACAUUAUGAAUACUAUAGACAUUGUAUCCAUUUUGCCUUAUUUCAUCACGCUCGGCACAGAUCUUGCUCAACAGCAAGGCAAAGGGGACCAGGCAAUGAGUUUUGCAAUAUUGAGAAUAAUCCGCCUUGUCAGAGUCUUUCGCAUCUUUAAACUCUCCAGGCACUCCAAAGGACUGCAGAUCCUCGGACAUACCCUCCGCGCCAGUAUGAGGGAACUAGCGCUUCUGAUUUUCUUCCUCGUUAUUGGUGUUAUUUUGUUCUCAAGUGCAGUGUACUUCGCCGAGGCAGACGAACCCGCGUCUCAAUUCACAAGUAUUCCCGACGCUUUUUGGUGGGCUGUCGUCACUAUGACCACGGUCGGAUAUGGAGACAUGAAACCAAUUACCGUCGGUGGCAAGAUAGUGGGCUCGCUCUGUGCAAUAGCGGGUGUGUUAACCAUAGCUCUUCCAGUGCCCGUCAUUGUAUCCAACUUCAAUUACUUCUACCACAGGGAGACUGAUAAUGAAGCAGACCCGCCACCGGUUGUUGAAGCCCCACCACCUAUCUGCCCCUAUUUCCCCAACUUUCUUAAAAAAUUCAAAGGGUCCCCCUCAGGCUCUUCGCUGGGUGAUAAAGCGGAGUACAUGGAGAUGGAAGAGGGGGUAACGGAGUCGCUGUGUGGGGUGGAUACAAGCCUGAGUAAAGGAAACGGGACAGACAUUGGCAGGAAAAACAGUACAAGUUCAAAGUCACAACAGACUGACGUGUGAUGACAAAAAACAACAACAUUAUUCUCGUGAAGAAAGAUAUGCUGUCAUAUCACACACACAUAGGUGGUCCGACUCACACAAGUGCGCACUUGCGCGCAAUGCACACACGACACACUUUAUAUUUAGCUAGACCUUGGGAAGCUCAAACGUGGUGUUUUAUUCUGCUUAGAGGAAUAUAAUCAUACGGAUUUAUAACUAUAAUGACCAAUGUAAUCCGAUGAUAUCAGAUACAGGCUACCUAUCUGGGCCUUGUAAACCUACAAAUGAAAUCGAACAUAUUUAAGGGACAGGCUAAGGCAUAUGCACUUUAUCAGUUUCAUUUGUCAAUAAUGGAAGGGGAGAUGUAGUUAUUGUUUUGCUGUUAUGCGAUAAAGUCAACGUUUAUAGUAGGCCUAGUUUGCACUAUUGUAAAAGCUUGUUUGAGACGCUGACUUUCAAGAGAGAUAGACUUGGAAGUUAUGCUGAGAGACAGGAACUGUAGGACAUAUGGCAACCUAGACACCCUUUGUCUGACAUAAUGAGCAUUGAGAUGUUUUUAUUCUGAACAAUAAUGAAUUCUUAUUGCGUUUCAGUGUAGGUCUAACCCCUCUGUGUACACAAUAAAAUAAUCAUUCAAUAUCGAUCGGAAACAUUGAAAUAGCUAAAUCAUUUGUGAGAUUCUUGAGUAAAUGAGCAUGAUGCCUAUUUUGGCAGCACACUGAGGUCAACAAGGGAGACGCUUGGCAAACAACAUUCUUUGCAACGAUCAGGACAAAAUGAAGCCUUGUAUUGACCGAACACCGAGGUGAAGCACAGGAGUUACACUGGCUACUCUGCAGACUGACAUGAGAAAUGGCUCCACACUGGCUGUCACGAGAGGUCCUGCACGGGAUAUCUUGCGCCACUACAACUCCGUCCCUUUAAAACCACCUCAAACUAACUGACAAUAUCCCUUUACACGGACGUUGACUGAAGCUUAUUUGGGGGAAAAAUGACUGUCAUCAUGGAAACUUUGGGUUUGUGAACUUAAUCUCUUAUUCGUUGGACAGUGCACAUUUCUCUCAAAUGAGAAAGGAAGGUCUGUUGGGCAUCCCAGAAAGCACCAAGAUCUCCAGCAGGCGGUUGUUUUCCAAGUGCUGUCAGUUGAUGGCUUAGGAGAGGAUGUGCUGGCUGGUACUCUUGGAAUUGUCAGAGAGAGAGCUAAUAUUAUGACUGGUCAUCUGGGGUGAGACAACGGACAUCGAUAACCACAGAUCUACUGCAAGAGUGAACCCAGCGAUCGGACAUCGGAAGUUUGAAUGGACAAAUUAGACAUUGGGACACUAUACAGAGUGCACAAGAAACGAAAAUCUUUCCUAGUAAACCUGGAGGCAGGGAAAUGAGUAAGUCAUGUCCCAAAUGAUUGCCUUAAUUAUUACAUAUAUACCUAUAUAUGAAGUGAUGAAACUAGAGACUUAUCCGAGUUCAAAUAUGUUUUUCUUUAUGUGUGAAACAGUGUCUUGUAAGGAAGAGAUGUGAAUAUUUUAAUAAGAUAGAGAAAAAUAGUUUGGUUGUAAUGUCGACAAUGUUUUAGUUGGGUCUGCUUUGUAGGUGUCAUUGAUAACCAAAUGGUGGAGCUGCUCUCUGCUUACUUGCAGCCAGCAGAAUGAGUCAAUCUAUUUUUAUCUCAUUUCGUAUUGUCAACCAAAAUAAGGCUGGCUUGAGGCGGAGCUGCUCGCUCAGCUACCAGCUACAAUGUCUUUCAAUUCACAACAUCAUGUUAUGACAACCAUAUUUCAAUUCAGAAAGGAGUAGGGAGUCAAAAAUUAGACAAAAUGACUCAAUAUACAUGAAACAUAUCUGAUUAUUCUUCUCCUCUAUUUUUCACAUACUGUAAGCAUCUGGUCACACACUCUCAAACACAAAAGAUGUCAGGUACGCACACACGUACGCACGCACACGCACACACACACACACACACGCACACGCACACGCACACGCACACGCACACGCACACACACACACACAC